GAGCUUCUUAGCGGCUCCGAUCGGGCGGUGGAGUACGUUGACGAGGUUGCCGAGAAUGCCCGCCAGCAAACCCUGGCAGAACUAAAUCUCGAGGAGAUCGAUCAGGACGAGUUGCCUGAGCCUGAACCUCACGAGUACUGUCCCCCACUGAAUUCGGUUCAUCUCGCCCUGUCGCUGAGUCAUGCCCUGGCGGCCAAGGUGGGCCACGGAAGCCUCGAGGAUGGGGAGGACUUCGUGGGAACGUUGAGUUCUCUGAG